UUGCGCGGCGUAGUUAGGUCGCCGCCCUCCUCGCGAGGCCGGUAACGUAAGUUAGGGCCACUAAAAAAAAAAAAAAAAAAAAGACAUAGGUAUCAACCGGUGUAUUAUUGUAUAUCAUUUGGGAUGCGCUUUUUGUGCUACUGAAAGGACAGUUUAGGGUUUUUAUGGGUCAGGCCGAGUCAAUGAAAAUGGAACAAGAAAAAGAUACAAAUAGUUCCCAUUCACAAAGGAUGCCCAGCAUAGAGGUUCACCCGCUGUCUCACCAGCCCACAGCAGCGUGGGAGGAGCUCAAACAGAGCCAGCAGGUCAUCAAAAUCAACACAAAGAUACCGACCAAACCGCCAGGGGACAGGAAGCUCCGGUUCGUGUGUAUGAGCGACACCCACUCACUGACUCCGCACCUGACGAUGCCCGUGCCCGAUGGAGACGUCCUCAUUCACGCCGGCGACUUCACCAAGUGCGGCCGAAUCGAGGAGGUGGAGCUCUUCAAUAACUGGCUCGCGAGUCUGCCGCACCGGCAUAAGAUCGUGAUCGCCGGUAACCACGAGCUGAGUUUCGACCCGGCGUUCACUCGAGACGGCGGCGCCGGGGCUCUGAACGCGCUGCCGACGCUGGGCUGUGACCGCCGCGAUCUGGAGCAGGCGGUGAGCCGGCCCGACUGCCGGUCGCGCCUCUCCGGCUGCACCUACCUGCAGGACGAGUCGGUGACCGUGAGCGGCAUCACCGUCUACGGGUCGCCCUGGCAGCCGGAGUUUUGCGACUGGGCGUUUAACGUGCCGCGCGGCCGGCCCUGCCUGGAGAAGUGGCUCAAGAUCCCCGAGAAUGUCGAUGUGCUGAUCACACACUCGCCGCCGAUAGGUCACGGCGACCUGACCAUCUCGGGGGUGCGCGCCGGCUGCGUGGAGCUGCUCUCCGUGGUGCAGCAGAGGGUCAAACCCAAGUACCACGUGUUCGGACACAUACACGAGGGCUACGGCGUCACCACGGACGGCAAGAUCGUGUACGUGAACGCGUCCACGUGCGACAUCAGCUACGUGCCGUGCAACCCGCCCAUCGUCUUCGACGUUACCAUACCGGACGGUUUCAGCAAACACUGACACACAGCUGCAGCAAACACUGACACAUAGCUUCAGCAAACACUGACACACAGCUGCAGCAAACACUGACACACAGCUGCAGCAAACACUGACACACAGCUGCAGCAAACACUGACACAUAGCUACUGCAAACACUUACAGAAGGCACAAACAAACACUGACAGACGGCUUCAGCAAACUCUGACGCAUUGCUACAACAAACACUGACAGACGGCGGGAACAAACACGGGCAGAUGACGGGAACAAACACUGACAGACGGUGCAAACAAACACUGACACACUGCUACAAACUUUGACAUACGGCUGCAACAAGCACUGACAAACGGCAGAAACUGAUGACACAAACAGCUACAGGCAGCCAUGACUCUAGAGAUUGACUACAAUAAACAUGACCGAACAAACAGCUUCAACAAUCACUAGCCGCACGGGGUUGGAGGGAACAGGGCUGAAUCGCCAGUGUUAUUGAGCACUUACAGGUCGCGCCGAAUGAUCCACAUCAAGUGCGUGGAAAUAGCGGUGUUGGCGAGCUAGAGGUGACGGUUAUGGAUUUUAGGAAGUAUAAAGCCGAGGUGGAAGUGUUUGGGUUUGGGGAGGCUGAUUCAAUGGAGGCUGUUUAAAUGUUGGAUGGAACAGAUAAUGCUGAUGGGUGGAUUGUGGCAGGGAGAGCAGGGGCGCCGUGUCGCCGUUUUUAGCAGCACGCGCGGGCUGGCUGGCGCCUCUCGGGGCUGUGCCGAUGUGGAGAGGUAAGACGGGGUGGAUAAGGAUUAUGGAGCCAGGUCGAUACCGUGCAUUGUGCCCGCCGCCACUGCCCGCUCGCCCCGUCCAUCCAGUCGGGUAUACGGACCUUGGGCUUGCCACAUGUAGAACAAUGUGAUACCGCCCUACGUGUUUUGUACGACGAGUGAGCAUCGAAGUGGCGCUAUGUUUACAAUAUUGGUCAGUCAGAACUGCUUUGAGUCCAAUUUUGCGGCAUUAUAUUUUAUUUGGCGCCUGAUGAUGGCAUCAAGGCUCUGUGUUCGCUCAUACUGUGUGAAUCGCCGUGCUGACUGGUAAAGCCGUGCGAUCGUUGCGUGCAAUAAUGCUUACAUAGUAGCUGGUGGGCUCCAGGUUUUUAUACCGUAUAGGUAUAAUGUGCUGCACGCGGCGAUCGGGUCCCAAUGUCAUACUGAGUGUGACUGUAAGCCAUUGGAACGAUGUAUGUAAUUGGCCAGUGCUGUGGAAGGCGGCCAGUGCCGUUGAUUUACUUUUUAUUCCACGUAUGUAGCAUUAUGUUGAAAAUACAUACCUACAAGCAAG